AAAAAAAGUACAAAAUCGCUGCAUUUUGGCUGAGCUACGCACGUACAGAGAAUACGCACGUAUUCGCACUUGCACGGCUGUGAACUCCUUCAGCAAGUUUGACCGCUGCCGGUGCAUAGAUGGCUCGCAGGCGUCAAGCACCGGAGGGCCUGCCGCGCCUGCCCACGGGCAAGGCCGGCGGCAUCGCCCUCAUGGCCUCGUUGGCGGUGACGAUCGCGCUGCUCGUCCUCGGCGGCGCGGCGUACGUCGUCAUGAGACUUGCCCCGGAAGACCAGCCGCGCGUCGCCUUCCUCGUCGUCGCGCACGACGCGCCGACGCUGCACAGCGCCUCCCUUUUAUUGGGUGCGAUCUACGACCCGGAGCACCACUAUUUUGUCCACGUGGACAAGAAGUACAAGUGGCCCACGGACCGAACGCCGGACGAAACGAUGGCGCCCGUCAUGAAAGGAAGAACAAACGUCAAGUGGGCCCAGGUCGCCGACGUGGCCUGGGGCCGCUGGUCCAUGAACGAGCCGACGCUCUGGGGCAUGGCGCAGAUGCUCGGCACUGAUGCGGAUGUUUUUAUUAACUUGAGUGGAGACGCGUGGCCUGUAUUAACACCAUCAGCACUGCGCACUACUCUACAGGAACUGAAAGGCCUGAACUUCGUCACGUCGGGCCCGUCCUGCGAUACCGGAUUGAGACCGACGGGUAGGAACGAGUUCGGCGACGGGUGGCACAAGAAGCAGGCCUACCCGCACCCCAUGUUGAACAGUGAACCGACACUGGAAGCCUUUUAUGGGAGCCAGUGGAUGGUCGUCACGCGGGAGUUUUGUGACCAUGUUAUAUCGGAGUUAGAACGCCCUGGAUCGAUCGCACACAAGCUGCGCGAGUGGUUCGUCAACGGGACUGUUGUGGUGGAAGGUGUUGGAAGAGUCAAACCACAUAUUCCGGACGAGACCUUCUUCCCCACCGUGCUCAUGCGGAGUGGGUUGCGCGUGCCGAAGCCCGUCGAGGUUGUGGCGGACGUGACCGGUUCGGGCAAAAAAGUUCCACUCCGAAGCGUCUGGUACGUGCGCAUGGACGAGCACUACCCCUGGUCCUCGCACAAGCAGCGCUACGAGGCGCCUUCUCACCUUAGUACGGGCCGGCCCUGGGGCCCUUAUUAUGUUGGGUCCUACGAUCUGGGAGAUAUCAAGGCGCACCGGGCACUCUUCGUGCGCAAGGCGUCGCGCCACGUCGACGGCAACAUCUUUCGGGUGCUGCCCGUGGAUGACUACGCAAAAAUUCCCGAUUUACGCUGGCCGGCGACGGCCGUGACGCUGUCCACAACCAAAACCUACGAGACGGUAACUCGCGGCUCCGAGACGGGCUGCGUCCGCGUCGCCGAGUCGAUCCACUGCCCGCCCGUGCACAACCUUGGGGGUGACGUGGCCGCCUCCGCGAAGCGCGCGAGGCGCUAUUCCAGCGGGGAGUUAUAAUU